AUGGCGGUCCCUUUGCAGAAGUUCGAGCUCACUGAUUCCAGGCUAGAGCAUAACGAUUGGAAGUUUCCUGCCACGAUAAAGACCAGACCGCUUCGAAAGCUGGAAGAGGAAGAUUUCCUUACCCAUCACAAAAUCGACAGAAGCUACGAUGACAGUACCGUCCGGUUUAAGCUGCUGGUGGGAAGUGCAGUCUCUGCCAACUUGACAGACACCAACAAGUUGCCUGUCGAACCUGAACUGGUCGACGUUGUGAAGAAGCAAGGAUGGGUAUCUGACGAGUAUCUUCAUCUCUGGCGGCGUGAUGAAGGAGGUUCAGCGGCCUUGACUUCGCAUGGCAUUCUCACAUUCAUGCUUCAAACUCCCAGAGAUGGACGAUCUUUUUGCUCCCUCUCGCUGGUCAAUCGGGAGAGGCACUGCUGUGGAGGUGUAUACAUCACAGAUGAACACUUCAGCUUGAACUCCCUCCUGGCGUCGCAGCCAUAUCUGAACAAGCAUCCCAAGGUGCCUCGAGACUUUGCUGUAUUGCCGUUUCAGAUCCUGGUACACCAUGUGGACGAGACAUUGGCGCAGGUACAAGAGCUGUCCCGACAGAUCACUUUCACCGAGCGAAGGAUAGCCGAUGGCCGCAUCUCGCUCGAAGACAAUGGCGACUAUAAGCUUCUGAACAGACUCAAUCUCGAGCACGUCAGACUCCAGCGGCGAUCCAAUUUCGAGUUGGAUCUCGCAUCUAAUCUGCUGAAAUACCUGGACUCUUAUCAGCGGUUGUGGGCAGUACUUUGGGAGGGCGGUACCGGCUAUCUGGACGACAUGCGAGAGAAGGUCGAACAACAGAUGCGUUACAGCCAGCAAGUCCAGAAAGAUCUCGAGAUGAUGCCGCGGCGAAUAGACAACCAGUCAAAGGCCAUGUUCAACAUCAUUGCCAUGCGAGACAAUAAGCUGAAUAUCUCUCUUGCUGAAAGCUCCAAGAAGAUUGCCGAAGAGAGUCGUCUGGAUAACCUGCUGAACGUGAAGUUGGCAAAAGCAACUGCCGAUGUGGCAGAGCAGACCCGACAAGAUUCUGCAGCCAUGAAGACGAUCGCCGUGUUGACUUUGACGUUCUUGCCUGGCACAGCAGUGGCGUCCUUCUUCAGUAUGAACGGGAUGUUCAACUGGGAACCAGCCGAAGGCCAGAGCUUAGCUUCGCCUUACCUAUACGUCUUCUUCGUGGUCACCAUUCCGCUGACUGCCUUCGUAUACAUCGGAUGGUGGUGGUGGUUCAGGCGUGUCCGGCAGGAGUUCCAGAAGGAGUACGAAAACUCGGACUUUGCGGCGGUGGAACGAGAUCUCAUGAGGCGGAUGAGAACGGCGACGAAUUCGUGGAAUCUCGAGAAGCACGCCACUGUGACGACCCCAGUGACGACGCCGUCGGCGGCGGUGUAG